UGUGGGCCCCACUUGUUAGACGGUGGAGAACUUAAAAGCAGUGCCUUACCCAACUCCCCCAACGACCCAAAGUAGGAGAGAGGGAAGGAAAAGGAGAAAAGCUCAGACAUCUUUUCAGAUGUUUGUGAAAGUAGGAUUGGUUUUGGUAGUGGGCCUUCUGGGCUGGGUCUACCAAUCCAUCCAACCUCCUCCACCGUUGAUUUGUGGCUCCCCAAAUGGCCCACCUGUUACUUCACCCAGAAUCAAGCUGAGAGAUGGAAGGUAUCUGGCCUAUAAAGAGAGUGGGGUCCCCAAAGAGAAGGCCACCUACAAGAUCGUGAUCGUUCAUGGCUUCGGUGGAUCGAAAGACAUCAUCAUACCUGCUUCUCCGGAGCUCGUUGAGGAACUUGGAAUCUACUUUGUGGCCUUUGACAGACCCGGGUAUGGAGAGAGCGACCCGGACCCGAAAAGGACGAUCAAGAGCCAUGCAUUGGACGUCCAAGAUCUAGCUGAUGGAUUGGAACUCGGGUCGAGAUUUUACACGAUUGGAAUAUCUAUGGGAGGUCUUAACAUUUGGGGCUGUCUCAAAUACAUACCACACAGGCUAGCCGGUGCGGCACUAGUAGUUCCAGUUGUCAACUAUUGGUGGCCAUCUUUACCGGCUAAUCUAUCUAAUGAUGCCUAUAAAUGGCAACCUCUACGUGACCAAUGGGCACUGCGGAUUGCGCACCACGCUCCUCGCAUUUUAUAUUGGUGGAUGACUCAGAAAUGGUUCCCUACAUCAAGCGUUGUGGAGAGACGACCUGAAAUCUUUAGCCAUCAAGACAAAGCAAUUCUUCAGAAGCUAAUGGCGGCCCGAGGGCCCACUAAGGAUAAUGCAGAGCAGCAAGGCGUUUUUGAGUCCCUUCAUCGAGACAUGAUGGUUAGUUUCGGAAAAUGGGACUUUGAUCCUAUGGAUGUAAAGAACCCGUUCCCGAACAAAGACGGUUCAGUCCAUCUAUGGCAAGGCUACGAAGAUAGGCUCGUUCCCUACACCUUACAACGCUACAUUUCAAAAAAUCUUCCUUGGAUCCAAUAUCAUGAGCUCCCAGAAGGCGGUCACAUGCUCUUGCAUGCCGAUGGUGUGAGCGAUGCAGUCCUAAGAGCCCUUUUACUAGGGGAAGAACCCUCAAUCAUAUCUGGCUAAUUACUGAAUUUUAAUGUUUUUUGUAACUUUGAUAAUACCUUUAGAUACAUUGAAUUUCUACACAGAAAAUGAGGCGCAUUUUAAGAUUUUUAAAUUCUCAUUCCGACGCCUUUCUACUCACCACAAUGUCUGUUGAUCUUGUUUAAUACAAGAAAUGAAUUCAGCACCCGUUUAA